CGCCGCCGGGACCUGUCCAGAAGGGACCGGAAGUGCCUGGCAGGAGGAAGCUGGGUUGCCCUGGUAGCGGAGGAGUCUGGCCCUGAGGAGCCUCCCCUCCCCCCCGCGCCCCAGAGACUCGGCGGGGCCGACCCCGUCCUCGCGCUUCCGGGUCCCAGCCCCUCCCCCCGCGGGGCCCCCGGCCCGGUCCCCUCGCUGCUCCCGAGCCCUGCGGGGCCCCGCCAUGGACCUGGCCCCUGCCAUGACCGACAUGUACGACCAGGCGCUGCUGGGCAUCCUGCAGCACGUGGGCAACGUCCAGGAGUUCCUCGGCGUCCUCUUCGGCUUCCUGUACCGCAAGACGGAUUUCUACCGCCUCCUGCUGCGGCCGGACGACCGGCUGGGCUUCCCGCCCGGGGUGGCGCAGAGCAUCGCCCUCAAGGCAUUCAGGAGCUUUGAACACCUGGCCCGUCAGGAUGAUGAGAAGAGGCAGCGGGAGCUUAUGGAGAAGAUGAGGAAAAGGGAGGAGGAAGCGGCAGCGGAGAGGACGAAAGUGCCUGCUGUAGCUCAGGAAGUUGAGAUCCACUCGGCACCAGAGCCAGUCCCUGGCUCAGAUGAUGGUGCUGCCGCCAGGCCUCACGAGCCCAAUGCAGCAGAGGAGACAGCUGAAGCGGCAGAGAGCUCUGCGGCCGCAGAGCCACCAGGAGCAGCUGCCCCAGUGGAGUCCCAGCCAUCAGCCUUGCCCAAGAAGCAGGAGCAGUUCCAGACCAACCCUGACAGUUACAAUGGAGCCGUGCGAGAGAACUACGCCUGGUCCCAAGACUACAGCGACCUGGAGAUUAAAGUGCCGGUGCCCAAGCACAUCGUGAAAGGCAGGCAGGUGUCGGUGGAUCUCAGCAGUAGCUCGAUUUGCGUGGCCGUGCUGGAGGGGAGCAGCCAGCGUGUCCUCAUGGAAGGGAGACUCACCCACAAAAUCAACACGGAGAGUUCCCUAUGGAGUCUGGAACCAGGGAAAUGCAUCUUGAUCAGCCUAAACAAGGUGGGGGAGUACUGGUGGAGCGCCAUCCUGGAGGGGGAGGAGCCGAUUGACGUGGAUAAGAUCAACAAGGAGCGUUCCAUGGCCACGGUGGACGAAGAGGAGCACGCCGUGCUGGACAGGCUGACCUUCGACUACCACCAGAAGCUGCAGGGCAAGCCCCAGAGCCAUGAGCUGAAGGUGCACGAGAUGCUGAAGAAGGGCUGGGACGUGGAAGGUUCCCCGUUCCGGGGCCAGAAGUUCGACCCCGCCAUGUUCAACAUCUCCCCUGGGGCCGUGCAGUUUUGACGACGCUCAGCGAGGAAGGGAAAAUCACAUCCACGCGUGGGCUCGGAGGCCAAUGCCAGCGCCACUGUGUGUAACCAGCUAGUGCGGGGGCAAAGCCUGGGCUUCCCCCUCUGCCUGCUCCCAUGAGUGACGUCCAGCCGCCCCUUUAUCCCGGCGCUGCCACCGGGGGCUGUUUGCAGACAGCCAGCCGCCAACCGGCUGGGGCGGGGGUGUGGUUUGGGGGGGAGGGGGGAGUGCCAGCUUGGCGCGUUUGAGAUGCAUGUGGGGCAGGCCUAGCAAAUGCAGAACUACGUCCUCUGUCACCACGGCAACCAGCGGCUGAGGUAGCAUUUCCCUUUCUCUCACUGGCGAUGGCCCCGGUUGCUGCUGGGGGGGGCGGGGGGGGGCAUGGGCGGCUGUUGUUUUUCAGGAAUAGAUUAUGCUUGUUGAGGUGACUUUGAAGUUUGUCUUUCUUGCUUGUGGGGAGUCUGCCCCAGCCCCCUGUGCCUGAGCCCCCGAGAUGGCAGCGCUGCCUCCAUUGAGGUGGUCUGUGGUGGCCGUAUCUAACUGUGUUCAGACCCCCAGCGCUCUGGCAGCGGGAGGGUAAAGCUGCAGCCUCGGACACCUAGUGGCGGAGAUGGCACAGACCAUGCUAUGCUCCAAGCGCUGUACACCUGCAAAGUGUCUGGGCAUGGGCCCAAGUGUGGCACUCUGCCCUCUGCGCCCACGGAUCUACCCGCAGGCGUCCAGUUCUCCGUCGGCCGUGGCAGCUGGGGUGCUGAGAGUUGCUGGUUACAUUAACAAGGGUUUGCCUCUGGCAGAGAUUGAGGGGCCAGGCCUGCCCUGUGCCUGCCUUUGCAAAGAUAAGCUUAUAUACACAACCCCCUAGGGCUCACAUUGUGAAGUCAGCCCAGCUUUGGGUGCCUAAAGCACCUGGGGGCUGAUUUCCAGAGGCAGCAAGCACCUGCAGCUCCCGCUCUCUUUGCUUGGCUUGGGAGUCUGAAAACUGAGCCCUAGCGGCAUCUCAUUGGGCACCCAAAACUAGCGGCCGCUUUAUUGAGCAUCGUGUCCCCAGCUACUGAGGGGGUGUCCACGCUACAGCUCGGAGCGAGCCUCCCAGCCUGGGAGCUGCGCCCUCACUCCGCUCAAGGUCUCGUGCUAAAAGGGGCACUGUGGCGGGUGUCCAUCUAGCCAGCGUAUUGGCCAGCACUGUUCAAGCCAGAUAUGGUGGGGCUGGUCUGCAGAUGCUCCCCUCUGAAGACGUUAAAGCCAAGCGCUCAGACCCAUCCAGGUCACCCUCUGUGCUGCAUCCUGUGUCCUCUCCAUUGCCAAGAAACCACACUGAUGCCCCGCCCUUCUCCCAAGCAGGUCAGGGCCUGGAAAACUGGCCACCCUCAGGCUGCCGGUGCCCACUGUAGCAGCGAGCCCCAUGGGGGACUCAGAAAUAAUAGCAUGUGACCAUGUCCUUAAAGGCUGUAUCCUAAUGCGCACACACGGGGUGAAUUAAGGUUGUCUAGACAACCUUCAUUUGGGCAUUUCCUAGCUUUUGAUUUGCGACCUUAAUCAUGGUGGGUGGGUGGGUGUGUGUGUGUGUGUAAAACUUCCUAGGGUCUUAAAAGAACAAGCUGGAAACAAGCCCAAGAGGAAUCCCAUUAGCACCCCGUGGAUCAUCAGCAGGGUUGAAACCUGUAGAUCCUGCCCCCAGACCUCUGCUUCUUGAGCUAACGGACUGACUGAUAGCAGCCGUAGGUUGUCAUCCUCGCUGUGGACCAGCACGAGAGGGGGAUGGGAUUCUCAGCCAGUGGGUUUUACAGCUAUUUGCUGACAGUGGAGGAAUGGUGAGACUCAGGACUCUUGGGUUCCAGGUGCAGGAGAGGAAUAUUGUGGGCAUAACUUAUUUUGCCUCCCAAGCCUGACUCCUGCUCUGUCCCUUCCAAAGUGGCCUUGUUCCAGCCUGGCUCUUCCCUGCCCCUGGUCCCACUCUCCUCACCCGGCCAAUCCAAUCUUCACUCCUCAGACUUCUUAUUACAGCCCCAGGCUCUGUGCCCAGCGAGUUCUCGUCUGCCUCCAACUUCCAGUCUAUUCCCGGCUCUUUGCCCCUCAGCUCCUUGCCCAGCCAGUCCCAGUUGCCCUUCCUCCUGGCUCCUUAUCUGUUCCCUCUUCCCCCUCCAUGAUCUCCAGUUGCCCCUCCCCACUGGCGCCCAGUCCCAAGCUGUACCUCCCCCCGCUCCCCUUGCAGGCUUCUUGUCCUAGUCUCUGCCCAGCUGAUACCAGUUCUCCCGCUGCAUCCCUGUCAGAUCUCUCUCCUUCCCCGUCCCACUGGCUCAGUCCCAGGUUUCUUGCCCAGCCGGUCCCCUGCACCCCCAGCUCCAUGUCCCUUUGCAAUCUUCCCCUGCUCAACCUACUGACUUCCAGGCCCUCCCUGGCCCCUCGUCUACUCAAAUCCCCAGCCCACUUUCCCUCCCCGACAGCACCCACCUUUGGCUCCUUAUGCCAAUCUGUUGCCCCCUGCUGGUCUGGCAUUUGUUCCCUUUGCAUAUCCAUUGGGCAGCUUCCUCCUCCAUGCUGCGGGGGCCCAGCCCUCGGGGUCAUGACAGGUGUGGCUACAGUGCAGCUGGGACCAAGCCUCCCAAGCCAGGUAGACAUGUCGAGUGGCUCAAGCACAGAUGUGUUGCGCUAAAACGAGCUAGGUGGGCACGGCAGCUCCAGCAGGGUUGGGCCUGAGAGCCCCAGGCACCAUGGCCACACUGGUUUGAGUCCCGCGAGGGCAGCUGGUGCCCAGCUGCGGUGUAGACAUAGCCUGAGAGCACAGGCGAGUCUCUCUGCUCUCAGCUCAGGUGACGGACCUGACACGGCUCCGAGCUGCCCUUGCCGCGCUGCUCAGCUUGGGGGGACUUUAGCUGCUACGCUCUUAGAAGUCUCUACUGAGCAUGUGAGAGCUGUGAUGGGGGGGGGCAAAUUAGUGUGGCUUUAAGGGGGACAUGAAAACACAGAUGCUGUGGUCUACAUGGACCCCCCCGUGCAGGGCCCGAUUGUGGCGGGUGGGGGCUUGCAGCUCUCCGCUAUCCAAAUACAUGGCUAUGGGGUGGUCACUAGCCAUGGGCAACUGCCGCUCUGCUACUCGUGCUGCUGGGCUUGCACCCUGGGCGAGCCCAGCUCAGCCUGCCCUGGCCCGCAGCCUGUUCCCCAGAUCCUGCUGGCUUAUCCCUGCCCCUGCCCCAGCAGGAGCGGAGCAGCCCAGCCAGCCUGGGUGCGUGUGCCCCACAGGACCUCAGCCUAGGAGCUCAGACCAGUGCUUCUCAGGCUGGGAUCGACACCCCCUUUUCGUCAGUGCCUGGGAGCCACCCCCUAGAAUAGCCUCUUGGCCUAGACUCUCUGCCCCGUCUCCAUCACAGCUGGGUUUCCUGCUCCUGGGGUAACUCAGUUCCUCUGCCUGUGUAAAGGAGCCCAGCCCGUGUGUUGUGCUGGCCAGCUCCCCUCUCCUUUAGGCCUGGUUGGGUCAGUGCCUGUAGCUUCUCUCCCUCAGCCUGGAGGCUACCUAGUGGUUAUUCUCGCUUUGUUCUUGUCUCCUCUUCUGCGGGUCUCUUCCAGGCCGGGGUGGCCCACAGGCCAAGCGUCUCCAGCUGCCCGAGCUGCGGUGGGCGCAGCCUGCUUCAUUCUCGCAGUGCGGCUCAGAGGCUGGCAGGGAAGCAGGCAGCACCCAGAAGUCAGCGCCCGGCACCCCAUGGCCACCACAGGCAGCUGCGCUGGGAUUUGUCUGCCUCCCCCUUGCUUUGCAAUAAACAGGUUUAUAUCCGAGCAACUGUGUGC